AUGCCAUCUGAAAUAGGCCAUGAUGUUUGCCGUUUCUUCCGCUUUGCCAUCUUUAUACUUCCCACCUUGCUUAUGGGCUCCCUUUAUUACAUGCCUUCCUUCCAACAUCUCAUCAAACCAUAUAAAUCCAGCAGCACUGCACACCAUCCCAUCCUGGUGCUCAUCUGGCUCUGGCCCUUUGAUCAGCCCUUUGACCUUGAGCUCUGCAGUUCCCAGUUCAACAUACAAGGCUGUCACCUUACAGUCGAUCAGAGUUUGUACGAUAAAGCAGACGCCGUCCUGAUCCACCACAGGGACAUCACCAGGGACUUAUCCAAUUUACCCCAGUCUCCUCGGCCACCUCAUCAAAAGUGGAUCUGGAUGAAUUUGGAGUCACCAUCAAACACAGCCCAAAUUCCCAGCCUAGACAACCAGUUUAAUGUCUCGCUGAGUUACCGCAGGGACGCCGACAUCAGUGUGCCCUAUGGACGGCUGGUUCCUGUUAACCAAGACCACAAGUUCGUGCCACCAGAAAAGGACAAGCUAGUAUGCUGGAUAGUUAGCAAUUACAACCCUGAACACAAGAGGGUGCACUACUAUGAACAGCUGCAGAAGUAUGUCCAGGUUCAUGUCUACGGUGACUAUUUUGAGAGGCAUGUCUCCGAAGAGGAGUACAAGGACAUCGUCUCAGGCUGUAAAUUUUAUUUGUCAUUUGAAAACUCUAUGCACAAGGACUACAUCACAGAGAAACUGUUUAACGCUCUGGAUUUGGGGGCCAUACCCAUCGUGGUGGGCCCUUCCAGACACAAUUAUGAGUGUUUCAUCCCAGCUGAUGCAUUCAUCCAUGUGAAUGACUUCUCCACUGUGAGGGCACUAGCUAAAUACCUGCUGCUUUUGGACAGAGACGAAGCCAUGUAUCGCAGGUAUUUUAGAUGGAAGAGGCAUUUUCAAGUGAAGACCUUUUCCUUUCCUGCAGAAAAUGCUUGCCUUGCUUGCGAUUACAUCCGACAAAAUAGGCAGUAUCAGGUUCUGAUGAAUCUCUAUCAGUGGUACUGGGAUAAAGGGGAAGAACCAGAUAAAUCGCUAUUCCUCUACUAA